AUUACGCUAACUACACGAAAACGGAAAGAAUUGUGAAAAUGGCUAAGGAAAAGAGAAGGGAGGAAUUGUAUGUUACCGUACCGAAUUUGUUCCGGUGCCCUAUUUCGAUGGAUGUGAUGAGGUCUCCGGUGAGUCUCUGCACCGGCGUUACGUACGAUCGGAGCUCAAUCGAGAAGUGGCUGGCGCUCGGCCACAACACCUGUCCGGCGACCAUGCAAACUCUGCCUUCCACGCACACCACGCCGAAUCUCGUCCUCCGCCGCCUCAUUCACCUCUGGCUCGCUCAUGCCGACCUCACAUCGGCUCCGCCAUCGUCGUCGGUCAUUUCGAAGAAGCAAGCGGCGGAUAUCAUCAACGGUGCGUUUGACUCUGACUCUCUGGCGAAGCUAAUCGAUUUCAUGAAAUCCUCGGAGGAGAACUUGAAAUUCGUCGCGGUAUCUAACGUUUCCGUUUCCAGACUCGUCGAAUCGCUCGCUAAAUCCGAUGGAAUUCCGAUCCGCGAAAGGAUUGUUGAGAUUCUGGAUUUGGUCUCGCCGGUAAACGGAAUGAGUUCGAAAUUAAACGACCUAAUUCUGCGGAUCGGCGACGGAGGAAGCUGUUUAUCAUCAAUCGUUACAGUUUUCCAGAAAGGAAACACAGAAUCCAAAAUCAAAUCCGCGAAGCUGCUCGAGACAAUCUCCAUAAAUCCAGAGUCACAGCGCAGAAUCGCAGAAGAGCCAGAGCUACUGAACGAACUGCACAUUCUAUCAACAACGCCGUCCGUACCUUCCGCCGCAGAAGCCGCCAUGUCCGCCCUAGCAGCAAUUUCAACAAGCCGGCCGGUGAAGAAGGAACUGAUAAAGCUCGGCAUAGUUGGAACGGUAGGGAAAAUCCUCUCGGACGAUUCCCACGCGGUUGGUGGGGUCAUCGAGAAGGCUCUGAAGGUAUUAGAAGCAAUCGCCACGUGUACGGAGGGGAGGAGUGCGAUCGGCGAGGACGAGGAAUGUACGGUGGAGAUCGUCCGAAGGCUGAUGAAAUGUUCGGGUGGGGCGACGGAGCACGGUAUAACCGUCUUGUGGAGCACGUGCUGCCUGGCACGUGACCGCGUGGUACAAGAGAGAGUAGCGAGAGUAAACGGGUUGACCAAGGUACUACUCGUAAUGCAGAGCGACUGUUCGGCGAGCACGAAGCAAAUGUGCGGCGAAUUGGUCAAAGUACUUAGGGCGAAGAAUACAAAGUCGAAGUUGGCGCCUUACGAGACCAAGACCACUCACAUUACGCCUUAUUGACAUUUUGACUCACAUUAUUAAUUUUGUAAUUUUUUUUUUUUACCAAUUCAAUUUGUAAAUGUUACACAAACCAAAAUAUUAUACACAAGUGUAAAAUUUAAUUUAAUUUAGAUUGAAUAUUCGAAUUUAUACUAUUUUGGUCACCC